AUCAGUAACACGUUAUUGUUCUGUUAAGUUCGUGAAAUGUAUUGUGUUAAUAAAACAGCGUUGUUCUUGUAUUUUCUAAGUUUUUUACAAAUUUGGAGUCACACAGCGUUUAUAGUUGAUAAGAAAGAUGAAUGCGUGCUAAUACAAAAUUGUUCCCACGUUAACGCAAUAUUAAAAACAAAGAAGGAUACUUUUGCUGGUACAACUCUACUAACUCUUUUACACUGUAAAUUCGAGUACAAUCGCAUCUACGUGAAAUGUCCAGACUCACAACAAGUCACAAAAUUUAUGGAUAGUGGCGAACUCAUCCCAAAUUAUGAUAGCUGCGGAGUAGAGCUUCCAGUCCCGAAAAUGUUGAUAGAAGGAGGAGAGCCAACUUGCAUUGGCGAUUAUCCAUGGAUUGGUCUAAUAAAAUAUCGCACAAAAAAAGGUACCAUGUUGUAUGGGUGCCAUGGUAGCCUUAUUACUAAAAGGUAUCUAUUAACUGCCGCUCACUGUGUGGAUCCAAACAUGUUGAACCUAGUAGGUCGAAAUUUAACUUCAGUGGUUUUGGGUGAGUAUGAUGUAUGGAGUGAAACGGAUUGCAUGCUUGACGACUGUGCUGACAAAAUUCAAGACAUACCUGUGGAAUCCUACCACAUGCACCCUGAUUAUAAGCUAAGUACGUUCACAGACGACAUCGCUUUAAUACGCAUGAGUCGUGAAGUAGAGUACACAGAUUUCAUCAAACCGAUUUGUUUGCCUCCGAAAAAUUUAAUCACUCCUUUUAAUGAAACUCUGCUGAUUGCCGGCUGGGGCGACACAGAACAUGGCGUGAUGAACCGCUUUAAAGUUCAAGCGAAAUUUAUGCUCAGGCACAGAGAAACCUGUCGAGUGAACCGCAAACUCACCACCAAACAGUACUGUGUAGGGUCUACCCACAAUGCUCAAACCUGUCCCGGCGAUUCCGGAGGCGCUCUUAUGUUGAGAAAAGUACUCGACGAGAGUCGUUUAUUCCUCAUCGGUGUAUAUUCCCUGGGAGUCGGUUGCCAUUUCAACAGCAACACCUCGAUUUUCACGAAAGUUUCGUCUUACGUUGAAUGGGUCGUCACGACUAUUCACAAGUGAACAAAGUUGGUUCAAGAGAAUGUCCUUCUCCAGCAUUUUCCAAAAACUAUAAACUUUUAGAUUUUUUUUAAGCACCCUGUAUUCUAAAAUUUGAUUUAAUUGCUACCACAAGAGAGCGCCUAUGUUUAUUUAUCUCUACACAAAAUAUUGUAAGACAGGUUUUAAAAAUAACCCCU